UCAAGGCUUCUGACACGUGGCUGGCAUUGCUGCAAGGUUUGAGUGUACACCAGGAGAGCUGACGACGAUGAACCGCCUAACGAGCAGACUCAUAUUUCCUGGUCAGACACUGUACAUUCCGGUUAAAGGACAAGAAUCUCAAGCUGCUGAUGCGGCUGAUGUUGCUUGAGCACGGUAGACUGGAGGAUGAAAAGGCAUCAGCGGGCCAUCAUGGCACUGGGGCUGGACCACCUUUGCCUGGUGAGCGUCCCUGUUCACCAAAGGCCACGGCGUCGCCACCUGACUCUCCUGUUGCCUUCAUGGAACAGCAGCGACAUGGUGGCGCUUCCACUGAGCACAUCGAAUCAGCUGAGCCAGAGAACAAGGAGAACAUGGACAUGUUCCUGAAGAUUUCAUCGCGACACAUAACAGACGGUCAGGGAGUGGUGAUGGGAACACUUCUGGUGACUCCCAACAAUGUGAUGUUCAUACCCAAUGUGUCCGACGCACUCGUCAUGGAGCAUGGUUCCGAAUGCUACGAAGUGACCGCCCCCAUGGACAUGGUGGUGGCCGCAGCCCUCUACAACGACAUUACACAUAUGCGCCUUCGUGACACGGUGGACCCUGCUUCCGGUGUUCAGCUGGAGGAACCAUACCGGCCUGCAGACUACCAACCACCCCCUAAAGACCAGGCUAGUGCCAGUCAGAAUACAUCAGAGCUAGCCAAGCCUUCGCAAGAAUGUGCUACAGAAGUACCGCCUGUUCCUUCAACGCAAGAUGCCAUUGAAAAGCCUUGCUCCGCGCUUUCCCACACUGUGGAAACUCUAGAAGAACCUGCACCUGGUCAAAUGGCAGGCACCGAGGGUAAAGUAAUCAUCACUUCACCACCCAAGACGCCAGAGGAAGGCACGGCCUCUUCUUGCCAAGUCAGCACUAACAUGUCGGGGCCAGGAGCUGAGAUUGAGAACAAAGCUUCCACAAUGGUAUCGUCAGAUGUGUCUGUGCCAGAGUGUAAGCCACCAAAAGAGGUCCAAGAUACGGUCAUCGCAGACACUGUUGUGAAGUCAAAGAAUCUGGAACAAGUGCUGGAACAAGACAUCAAGCAAAAUGUACAUUUGAAAAGUGGCACGCAGAAGCCAGAAGCAGUUGUAGAGUCCACUGAACAGAGUAAAGCAAAAUUGGAAAGCAAGGACAAGUUCACGUUGGAAAAGCCACUGCAUUCUGGGCCACAAAAGGAAGUGUGUAUGGUCCAAGCCAAAGAAAAUUCUGGUUUGGAAGCGACGAGUACCUUAUCCGGUGAAGCAGAGCCUGAUGUUGGAAGAGGUGCAUCAAAACCACUCUCUGUAGACGCAGCACCAGCUCCACAGGCCCACGAAAAAACUGGGAAGCUGGAAGCUGCUGCUGUUGAAACGGGCACCGGGGAGUCUAACAAUAUGGUGCCUCGUGGUACUCAGCUUGAAGUCGAACUGUCUUCUGGAACUGUCCAUGUGGUGAAAGACGACCGGGCUGGCGACAAGCUUGUGACCAAGGACAUUACAGCUCUGACGAACGUUCAGGAUAAGUUGCUGACAGAUACAGCAACACCGCAAAAUAAGAUUCUCGGUACGGAAGAGAGCGCAGCAGCCAAAAAGAAAGAGAAGAAGACUGCUGAAGAGUACUUGUUCAAGCCCAUCGACAAGGCGUCAGAGUCUCCACCAACACUGCGUAGGGAGCCAGACAACGGAAGUCGCCGGGAAAAGGCAUUCACACCGCCGCCACCAUCAUCAGGUGGGAAAAGCUUACCUGAGCCAGCACGCUGGUCUCGCAUGCUGAGUCCGACGCUGAAGCUAGACUCGUCAAGCGAUGUGCCAGCCCCAGAGCCACGCAGUGCUGCCUCGACGGAGAGCAUUACUCUACGCAUGAGGGAGUGGGCUUCGGCAGAAGGUGGGAUUUCUUCCGAUAGGUCCCAGGAGUCUGCACAUGAGCGGGUACUCAAGCGACUCUCAAAUCCAAUGGAGUCAAUCUCGUCAUACACGCACUCCAUCUCCAAGAUGAUUGUGUCGUCACCCAAAUCGCUGGCUGACUUUGUGCGUGGUGCUGAUGAUCCGCCAUCUACACCUCCACCACAGUUGCCAGCGCAGCAGCCGGCAGCGGAUGAAAAGAGGCCCUCUUCGCGAGCCGAUAAUGCCAAUGUCUGGCUCAAGAACAUGGUUGAGGAAAAGCCAGAGCUGUUUGCAGCAUUUGAGAAACUGGGAUUCUUUUUUGACGACAACGAACUGGUUCCUCGGCUAGCACAGUCAUCAGAGGCCACACUGCUCUACUUGUGCCUGCGCAUGGGAAGACCCCUGCACAAGAAAGUCCAGUGCUCCGCCACCACCUCCUCCAAGCGGCGUAUACGGCCCCAGUACUGGUUUGGGAUCCCACGGAAUCGAGCGGAUGAGCUGUACUACUUCCUGGAAAAGUGGGCGCCUUCGAUCUAUGGCGACGUGCAUCGGGUGGACAUGGCCAGUCGUGGAUUCGAGCCAUUGCCCGAGCCUGCAGAUCGAGGAGGAGACCGAGAGGCUCACUGCCUAAGGCCACAUUGCGGGGACGAUCAGCGGUGGUGA